AUGGAAGCUCUUGCAACCACCGCCCAAGCGGUCAACAACUUCAAAAAUGGACUCAAAGGAGAACUAACUGCUGAACAAAAAAGAGGAAUCGCAGAGAUCAAAAAGCUCGUCGCAGUAUUCAAAACAGAAAAAAGUAACGACGAUGAAGAAAUACAAAAACUGGAAGUUAUGAUGAAAGAAAAACGAGCCGAGUUUGAAGAAAGGAGGAAAAAUGCCAUUGCCGCAUCUGACGCUAGAAAGGCAGAAAGCGAUCGACUUAAGCAGCUGUGGGAAGAUAGAAUCUCCGAUGAUAAGAAAGAACAAGAAACCGCUUAUACUGGCGCUUCGAUGGGAUACGAUAAAGAAAAAGCUCGACAGUUUCGCGCUGUCUUUCGAAAACGACUUCGUCGCUCAAAAUUUCUCGUUCCUCCAAAAGAGUCUGACUCUUCCGAAAUUAACGAAGCUGAAAUUUAA